GGUUCCUGUGGUAAGGGCUCAAACAAAGAUGGCGGCUCGUUUGCCUCCUAAAACUCUCAACUUCAAACAGUUUCUGGUCAGACGGCAAGUACUAACACUGUAUCGUGAGAUAAUGAAAACUUUAAAGGAAGUACCGAAUGCCCAACACAGAGAAGACCUCAAGGUCUGGGCAAGAGAUGAGUUCAAACAAAAUAAAAAUGAGAAAGAUGAGGCAUCAAUACAGCACAUGAUAUAUCAUGGACAACAGAUACUAAAAGAAAUUGCCAGUUCCUUAGCAAUGGCAAAAUGAUAGUGGAAAUCUUCGCUGGAAAAUUAUGCAAUGUCUUCGGGACUACUGACAUGCUCGUGUUCACAUGAAACUGGCGUCAACUAUUUCUUUAUAUUUUAUUAUGUCUUUCUUGUUUUUCAAUCUGUUUCAUGGUGUGCCCACAAGUCUUUGAUCUAUUUUGGGUUUAAUUUGCAAACCAGCAUUUGGGAUAAGACAGCAGUACUGCAAUUAUGAACACUGAUAAACACUGAGGAAUGACACUUAAGUAUUUUUCUUUAGGUACCAAGUUGGAAGUCACUCAUUUGACAUUGAUAACCUGGUUAGAAAGAUGUGAUAGACAAGCAUAUCUAACUAGCCAAUUAGGUGCCAGAAAUGACUCAUUCAUGAACACGGGGGGGGAGGGGGGUGGGGGGAAUUUUCAGGUAUGCUUAUUUUAUUUUUUAGAGGAAAAAGUCAGUGAUUUGACAUCUUUUAGGGUCUUAAAAUGACUCCAAAACUCAAAAAACAAACCUGGUUUUUGGGCUUUAUCAAUAAAACUCUGAGGUGACUCAUCUCGUACAAGAUUCGCAGUACAAGAUCUCGCAGAUUUUUUGAAGAAUGUUUUCUGUUUCUAGAUCGAUCCUAGCCUGUUUUGAUAUAUCAUGUUAAAGUUAUCAACCGGACUGCAAUUCAGUCAAUAAAGUAAACAAAUUGUGAGCGUA